UGCUGACUUGCUCUAUCGACAGACCCUUCCCCAGAUGUCUCCGCCAAUACCUACGGUCUCUGCUCCGGGCUGCCCCAAGGCCGCCGAGCCUUCUCUACUUCAGGCCGCUCGUUGGUCUAAGGAUUUGAUUCUAGCGCGAUUCAGCAGUAACUACCGAGGAUGCAAGCCCUCAAAUGUCGCAUGCAAGUCAAGUUUGCAGGCCAAUUUUUUAUCGUCAAGCAACAUUUGUGCACGGGGUUUCUUGUCUUCUGCAGAAAUCGGGUGCUCUGUACCUGCUAGAAUGCUGCAUGAUCGAGAAACAGGAAUGUUUUUAGGUGAAGAGGAAGGUGGCUUGCAGCAUAUAAACCACUUCUUAGCUAAACAACGAAGAUCACGUUCUUCACCAAGAGCAUACAAGGAUGAUAUAUUCAAAUUUGACUACCCUGUGAUAACCAAGAAGCCGAAAUGGUGGUGGAGGACUUCGGCAUGUGUCCCUUAUUUAAUAGCUUUGCAGAUUUCUGACACGGGAUAUUUUGUUCAUCCUUUGGCAGAACAUUAUGAGAUUUUUGAAAGUUUGGUUUAUUUUGUCCCAGGAGCUAUCAAGAGAUUACCUCCAUGGUUCUCAAUGAUAUAUUGCUACAUUGGUUAUAUUGGAAUUGUGAAGAAUAAAGAUUGGCCUCACUUCUUCAGGUUCCAUCUGAUGAUGGCCAUGUUGUUGGAGACUGCCUUGCUGUUAAUAUGGUAUACAAGCAAUUUUUUUCCACUCAUACACUACAACGGCAAGUUUGGGAUGCAUUUCUGGGCUGGCAUUGGAUUCUUCUACAUCUUCACCUUGUUAAUAUGUGUUAGGAGUGCUCUUGGUGGCAAGUAUGCUCGCAUCCCUUUUGUUAGUGAUGCUGCAUAUAUUCAUACACUGUUUAAUGGAAGAAGUUUUCAAAAGCCGUUCUAGGAGGCGUGCAGUUGUCUUUCAAGAUUUCAACUAGCAGAGGUCCUCAAAGACAGCAAUUGGUAACCAUGAUGAGGCUAUUUGAAGAGUUAAAGAGUUAUAGGGGCUUAAAACAUAUGUACAUUAUUCCUUCAAUUUUCUUGUUGGAAAACUUAUGGACUAUGAAUGCAGAUGGAAUAAAGCAUAUCAUUAAUAAA